GGGCGUUGUGAGACAGAGCUAGACGAGCUUGUUGUGAUAAUACUCACUCACCUGUUGAGCCCUCGAAGUCCAUUCAUAAUAUCGAGACUGUCGGAAUCCGGCGCGCAGCACUGUUGUCACCGCGUCUCGGUAGGUGAAAGAGCUCUACUCCGUCGCCAGACCGCUCCUGCCUUCACUUUCAACGCGUGUCGCGUGGCCAGGCUUGGCGCGCGCGUUUGCAGGCAAAUAAGUAAAUAGCUCUCGCCACACUCUUCUCUUUCCUCUCUUAACUCUACUACACUCUACUUUGCAGCUACCGCAACACCCAUACUUACUCGAGAUACUAUGGCGCCGUCGCCGUCGCAGAUCGAGGCGGCUACAAGCCCUGUCGAGCCACUGACUGCGAGCCUGGCCAGGAAGCUGUCUACGGAGUCUAUUGAGGAGCUUCUUUUGACGUCUACUGGAGGGAAGCCUGCGAGUCCUGCCGAGUCAUUGUCUGCGAGCCGUGUCGAGGCACUGUCUGCGGCCUCUAUCGAGACUCAACCUGCAAGCCCUACUGAGUCAUUUUCUACGAACGCUACAAAGGUACUACCUCUGGGCCUCGUCGAGACUUUGCCUACGGAGAUCCUUGAGAACAUUUUCCUCUACGCCGUCGACGAGGUUUCAUCACCCGAGCCCACUCAUUCUGAUUGCAACAAGGUCUCUCGCCUGUUAGCAGAGCUGCAUACUCGUGUUUCCGACACAUUACAAGCUCUUCGGUUUCGCUUGGUCUGUCGCAAGUUCCGCGAUGCUUCAUGGAGAGCUUUCGGGAAGGUUGUUGGUGUGACUACGUUCGACAUUCGAUCCAGACAGAGCAUGUCCAACUUUCAGGCUGUUUCGACAGAGCCAAAUCUGACACCCUGGAUCAAAGAUAUCAACUUCACAUGCAAUGUCUCAGGUGAGACUCCGUCGCAUGCACUACGGGCAACACCCUCUGAGUCGGAUCUUACGAGCGGACUCAGAGAAGUACGACAAGACGAUACCCUUUGGUUCCCGGAUCUGUUCUACGACUUUAACAUUGAUCGUGUGGUCAAUGAUUUGGAGAUUGGCAAGCUCGUGCAAUUUUUUGCGACUUGCGUGCAAAAGCUGAAGAACAUAGAGAGAGCUGCCUAUUUCUCGGAUGAGUCUCUGCCGCCUCAACGUUUCAAGCCCGCUGGCGCUAGCAGUAGAAGCAAGAUUCCUGAACACAUGCAUGGAUCCACCGGAAACGGGGGACGUGGCGCACAAUUCGGUCUAUUUGUUUUUUUUUCGGCCCUGUCAGAUGCCGGUGCACAGCCUAGGGUGCUCGACUUAGCCGUGGAAUUCGGCGAAGGUCACGCUUUCAUCAGUACUGUGCCAAAUGUGACUCUUCUAAAGCUCUUCGCAAAAGUGGAGUCACUUACACUCAGGGACAAAUACAAUGCCGUCUGCCUCCUGACCGGUCAGCAUGGAUCAUGCUCACGAGUUUGUCUCACGAAAACCCUAUUUCCAGCGUUGAGAUCGGUGACGAUUGACCACGGUAACGGAUCCGGCAUUCUCGAGGAAGAUGAAACAGUGUCUUUCCCACCCGAAAGCGAACUACCCAGAUUACUUGAGAUUGCAAUCAUCUAUCAUAGGGAAACAGAACUAUGCGGGAAAUCAUUUCUGGCGCAUUACGGCAAAGAAAUCAAGAGUCUUACCAUUGACACUCUUUGGCCAGACUACUACUUCAUGCCAGAGUUUCUUGAAGAAAUCGUAGAACUCACACAAGAUAUGGACCUGGAGACACUGAUCCUUCGAAAUGGGCUAAACGAGACCUGGGAGAAUGUUUUUGAGUUCAUUCCAGAUUACCCACGGGUCACGGAGGACAUAAAGCGUGACCUAGUGACAGCGGCGAGGAGGAUUGUCUUGGAACCGCUCAUGUUCGAAGAGUAUUUGAGCAGGCCGUGAGACUGGUGAUGAGUGGUGCUUCCGCCUAUGAUGAAAAGCCAAAUGGACCUGUACAUAGUUGUGCGGGACCUUCUUCGAUGGCAUGGAUACCACUGGUGAACUUACCAGAAGACAGACUGAAUUGAAAGAUUGAUACUAAGAAAUUUCCACA